AUGUCUUCCUUGGGUGUUAAUCCGAAUCUGCCGCUAGCAGGCAUCAAGGUCGUCGAGUUCUCAGGGUUGGCGCCUGGACCGUUUGUGGGAAUGGUGCUGGCCGACUUUGGAGCUGACGUGAUCCGAAUCGACAAGACAAACCAAGGGCUGAACCCAGACAGUCUGUGUCGUGGCAAGCGUUCGUUUGCCGUCUCGCCGAAGAGUGCCGACGGGCAUGCGCUGAUCACCAAGCUCGUGCAAGCAGCUGACAUUGUCAUCGACCCUUUCCGACCGGGUGUGCUCGAGAGACUCGGGUUGGGACCGCAAGACUUCGAAAAGGAGAUCAAUAAGGGCCUCAUCUUUGCGCGCCUGACAGGGUUUCAGCGAACCGGACCUUACGCCAACAUGGCGGGACACGACAUCAACUACAUUGCUCUGAGCGGCGUGCUUUCCAUGCUGGGACAAGCGGGAGGAAAGCCGCAACCUCCUUCCAACUUGCUGGGUGACUUUGCGGGAGGAUCGAUGAUCUGCCUGCUGGGCAUCUUGCUGGCGUUGGUGGAGCGAGCACGUUCGUCGCAGGGACAGAUUGUCGAGGCAGACAUGGUGACGGGAGCGCGAUACGUGUCGUCGUUCGUGCUGCUGUCGAGCUACUUGUCACAUCCGAGUUGGGGUGCGAUCCACAGCGACGGGACCGACGAGACGCGGGGUCGCAACACACUCGAUGGUGGAGCGCCAUGGUACGGUGUGUAUGCUUGCAAGGACGGCGGAUACAUGAGUGUGGGCGCGAUCGAGCCUCAAUUCUACCAGGAAUUGCUCGCCAUCCUGCGCAAGGUGCUUCCAGAGGCACCUCAAGGCACACAGCAUCCAUCGGCCAGCACGCAGCAUGACCGAGAUACGUGGCCGGAAUUGCAGCGCUACUUUAGCGCAUGCUUUGCACAGCGCCCUCGAUCCGACUGGGAACGACACUUCAUUCGCACCGAUGCUUGCACGGUGCCUGUGUUUACUCGAGAUGAAGCCGCCCUCUCCGCAGUUCUGCCGGCAGCCUCGGCGGAAAACGUAUCGGACGGGGACCCAGUGGUUCCAUUCCCAGCGCCGCGACUGACACGCACGCCAGCCAAACCUCCAUCGGGGAGCGCAGGCGGAGAAUGGGAAAAUGAAAGCGCCGAAAUGCUGCUCACACCCGGUGAGCAUACUGACGAUAUUUUGUUGGAGUUGGGAGUCGACGACGCCAACAAGCGCAUCGAGCUGUACCGUAGCGAUGCGGUGGAUGGUCCUGAUCGUCCAGAGGGCCUCACGAAGGCUAAACUCUAA